AUGGUUUUUAAACAAAAUAUCAAUUAUAACCAAAACUUCAGUUUCAGGUUAACACGACAAGGUGCAUUACGAAUUUUUCAAGCAGAAUUUCAACGAUUAGCUGAUAUUGAUAUUGAUUUUUCUGAUAAUAUACCAAUUUAUUGUAUUGCUCAUCGUCCCAAAGAACUUAUUAUGGCAGAAAAGACAGUUGCAAAUUUACUCAGUAAAUCUUUAAAGCAAAUACCCAAAUAUUCAGGCAAACCUGAUCAAAAUGCUGAUGAAUGGCUUAAGGAACUUACUAGCACGUUUCGCCCUGCUAAGCAAUGGUAUCUUGAAAAUAAUACAACGUUCGAAUCCUGGAGUGUAUUUAAAGCAGAAUUCAUUCAUACAUAUUCGUCUCCAGCACUGAAACAAUUAGCAUCACAUCGCUUACGAACUCGUCAACAACGUAUAGAUGAACUUGUUAAUGAAUACUAUACUGAUAUUAUGAAAUUAUGCAAAAUAGUCGAUCCCAAUAUGACUGAUGUAUCCAAAAUUGAUCAUUUAUAUCACGGUAUAAAAUCAUCUCUAAUGAAAGAAGUAUUACGUCAAACUCCUCGUACACCAGCAGAAUUUUUGGAAUAUGCACGAAAAGAAGAAACUCUCGAUCGCUUAGUUACAACGUCAGUUAACCAAACUGAUUCAGCUAUUGCUAGAACGGCUGCAUUUAAUAAUACAUUUCAUUCCAAUGUCGCAAUGGAUAACACAGAGCAUUUCAACAAAACGUCUAACACAUAUUCUAAACCUUAUUUCAACAAGGCUUAUUCAUCACGAUCUUUACGAUGUUAUCAAUGCAAUAAACACAAUGAUGGUAGUGACUCCCAUCCAUUCCAACCAUCAUACUAUUUUUUGUACAAUAAUCUUAAUCAUUCUGUAAAAAAUCCACAAUAUCGUCCACCAUUUAACCGCUUACAAUAUUCACAUUAUCAUAAAACAAAACGCACAACUGUACCUGCUCAUUCUCAAUCACCUUCUAUUCAGCAAGUUAUUAAGCAACGCUUAACUCCUCAGGCCGUUCCACGAACCAAUCCUUCGUUGAUCUUUGUUAAAAUCAAUGUCCAUGGCAUACGUUUACGUGCUAUGUUAGAUACCGGAGCCACUCGGUCGUUUAUCACCCAACGUGCACUUGCUAAAAUACAUCAUUACUCAUUACAACCAUGUGAUCGUAUCGCCCAAUUAGGUGAUGGUCACACUAUGCUUAAGAUAGUGGGUGAAGUUCAUUUAUGGCUCAAAUUUGACCAGAUUUUUAGACCUUUGAAUGUUCUCGUUGUCAAAAAUUUAAACACAGAUUUUAUACUUGGUGCCGAUUGGUGUCCUCAAAAUGCCGUACAAAUCAAUUAUGAUACGAAUCAAGUUUCUAUACGUUCAUCUACUGACCGCAUAAUUAUUCCAUAUGAUAAAUCAAUUGAUUAUUUAACCUUGGAUGUAAAAUUAAUUAAUUCCGUCAAAAUACCUCCAUGUCAAUCAUGUACGGUUCAAGCAAAAGUCGAAUUAUCUUCAGCUGACACUGUUUAUUUUCACCCGGAUAUUGAUGAUCAACUUGAACAAUCUAUUAUACUAUCACCAUCUUUACUACAGAUCCAAAACUAUACAACAUAUUUAGAAAUAUAUAAUCCCAAUAAUUAUACUUAA